ACAAAGCGUUAUAUGUCUGGACGAAGCCUUAAUGAGAACAACUGUGAUACAUCUCCUUUAAAAUGAAUAAAGCCAUUAUGAGGGAAAAUCUACAAAAAUAAGUUGUAUAAAACAUGUCAGUCACCAUGUUUUGGAAGAGAGUUUGACACCAACUUGAUUUGAAAAGCUGCCAUGCGAGGAACGAGGUCACGCUCUGUGCACCAGGGGGCGCCACGUGAUAGCAGAUGUUGCCACGCGAGUUUUAAAAUAAGACAUAUAUACAUGUUAUUGUCGGCGUAACGCCUUAAAUGCUGUAAAUCGAUUAUCACGCGAAUAAAAAAAGCCUGUGGCACAUGCGGCCGCCGCCGACGCCCUAAACUGUUAAUGCCUUUACGGACACAAGCCGACUGAUUUAACGGCCUUAUGGACUUAUUCAAAACCGAUCCAUAAUCUAAUCAGAGCGAGAUAAAACACCUCGUCGAAAGGAAACGGACCCCCUGCGAGGUGUUCCGGAGGAGGGAGGAGGGGGAGACGCAUUGAAGGCAUCGCCCGCGCGGCUCCGUGCAGCAGGAGGGCAGUGAGGGCUCGACUCGCCCCGGUUCAGCCUCCCCGCCGCUCCUCGCUCCUACGUGCGCAGAGGUCGCAGCGAAGGAAACCCGCUCCGUGUUGCUCUCGGACGGCCUCGGUGUCGCGUCGGAAGACUCCCGCCAGCUGCUCGGUUGAAAGAAAAGGAAGGAAGGAAGGAGAAGAAGAAACUGAGGGAAUUAUGAGUGGGAACAUCUGGGUGCUGCACACUUUAUCCGAGGAGGGCUCGUUCGCGUUUUCUGCCCUUUUUCGCGUUUCCUCGCCGAGCGUCGUGGACAUUUUGGAUUUUUAGUUAAGUGCUUUUUUUAAUGCUUCUGUCAUUAAGUCCGAUUUAAGGGCUUUUUAUUUUAUUUUUUUACUGGAAGGUAGAUACUUUUCACUUUAUCGUGAAAAACAAUUCGAGGGACGACACCGUCGAAGAACUGGAGGACGGUUGGUGCUGUGAUGGGCCAGCUCCGACUUUCUCUCUGAGCGGGGCAGCAUUAGCUCCAUGCUAACGGCUAGCUCCGACUUUCUCUCUGAGCGGGGCAGCAUUAGCUCCAUGCUAACGGCUAGCUCCGACUUUCUCUCCGAGCGGGGCAGCAUUAGCUCCAUGCUAGCGGCUAGCAACCCCGCACCGAACCACCGUUAACCCUCGAGCGGAGCUGUGACGCCAACGCCCGCUCUCUCGACACAUUAUUUUUGUGUGUUUUGUUUUUUUGGGGGGAGAGGGAGGUGGGGGCAAUACCGUCCCAUCACCCGGACCCCCGCUGGAUGAGACCUCGACUCGACAGUAAUUCAGCAUCUCCGCUAAAUCCUGUGGCAGGGUGCAACGUGUGUGUUUCCACAGAAUAUAUAACGCUAAGAUAAGCACAGCGUGGCUGUUGGAUCGAUCAUCUGCCAUCCACUGGGAUCCAGGCGCUUGAGUCCUAAAUGACAAGUGCCUGAGGAUGUCCAAGCGGAGCUUUUUUGUUCGCCUGGUGCCAUGCCGCUGCUUGCGGGGUGAGGAGGAGGCAGUGACAUCGCUGGACUACUCCCACUGCAGCCUGGAGACUGUUCCUAAGGAGAUCUUCAGCUUCGAGAAGACCCUGCAGGAACUCUACCUCGAUGCCAACCAGAUCGAGGAGCUGCCUAAACAACUGUUUAACUGCCAGUUACUCCACCGGCUGAGCAUGCCAGAUAAUGACGUGACGGUGCUGCCGGCGGCCAUCGCGAACCUGGUCAAUCUCAGGGAGCUCGAUGUCAGCAAAAACAGUAUCCAGGAGUUUCCGGAAAACAUUAAGAACUGCAAAGUCCUGGCUAUCGUAGAAGCCAGUGUGAAUCCCAUAUCCAAGCUCCCAGAUGGAUUCACCCAGCUUCUGAGUCUGACGCAGCUCUACCUGAACGAUGCCUUCCUGGAGUUCUUACCGGCCAGCUUCGGCAGGUUGACUAAACUACAGAUCUUGGAGCUGAGGGAGAACCAGUUAAAGAUGUUGCCAAAGAGCAUGCAGAAGCUCUCACAGCUGGAGAGGUUGGACCUGGGGAGCAACGAGUUCACUGAAGUGCCUGAGGUGUUGGAGCAGCUGUCUGGAAUCAAGGAGCUGUGGAUCGACGGGAACAGACUGACGUUUUUGCCCGGGAUGGUGGGGACACUAAAACAGCUGGUGUACCUGGAUGUGUCCAAGAACAACCUGGAGAUGGUGGACGAGCAGAUCUGCGGCUGCGAGAAUCUGCAGGACCUGCUGCUCUCAAACAACGCGCUCACACAGCUGCCGGGCUCCAUCGGCUCACUGAAGAAGCUGACUGCGCUGAAGGUGGAUGAGAACCAGCUGAUCUACUUGCCGGACUCCGUUGGAGGACUGGCAUCUCUGGACGAGCUGGACUGCAGUUUCAACGAGAUCGAAGCUUUGCCCACUUCCAUCGGCCAGUGCGUCAGCAUCCGCACCUUCGCUGCGGAUCACAACUUCCUCAGCCAGCUUCCCCCCGAGAUGGGCAACUGGAAGAACGCGACCGUGCUGUUCCUCCACUCCAACAAGCUGGAGUCUUUGCCCGAGGAGAUGGGGGACAUGCAGAAGCUCAAGGUCAUCAAUCUCAGCAACAACAAGUUGAGAAAUCUUCCCUACAGUUUCACUAAACUGAACCAGAUGACUGCAAUGUGGCUGUCCGAAAAUCAGUCGAAACCCCUGAUCCCUCUCCAGAAAGAGGCGGACCCAGAGACGGGCAAAACCAUGCUGACCAACUACAUGUUCCCCCAGCAGACCAGGACUGAGGAAUACAUCCCCAGCUCUGACUCGGAGAGCUUCAACCCGGCUCUGUGGGAGGAGCAGCGCAAGCAGCGAGCUCAGGUGGCCUUCGAGUGUGACGAGGACAAGGACGAGAGGGAGACACCCCCGAGGGAGGGAAACCUGAAGCGCUACCCGACACCGUACCCGGACGAGCUGAAGAACAUGGUGAAGACGGCCCAGUCGGUGGCUCACAGGCUGAAGGAGGACGAGUCCGGUGACGAGUCGGGGAAGGAUGCAAAACCCACUGAGAGGAACCACAUUGGGGUGCAGGACGUGGGAGUUAAGGUGAUCGAGGCUCCCUGUCCUAAUGGCACGGCAUCAGACAUGGACUCUCAAAUAUCCACCAACACGUAUUCCCAAAACCCCUCUGCGACAGAAACGAAGGACACCGAGUCCUACAGCGCUCAGAGAAUCCCUCUGAAAUCGUCAGGGGGCCCAAUGAUAAACCACGAGGACACGCUGGAGGAUUCUGACGAGCUGUCCGACGAAGAGGCGGAGAUGAAGAUUGCAGAGAUGAGACCCCCUCUUAUCGAGAUCUCCAUCAACCAGCCUAAAGUUGUGACUUUAAGUAAGGACAAAAAAGACGACGCCGACUCUUUGCUGGACGACACCGUUGCCAACAGCAACCAGAACAACAGCAACUGUUCGUCCCCGUCGCGCAUGUCCGACUCGGUGUCUCUGACCACCGACAGCAGUCAGGACAACUCUCUGUGCACCCCCGAGAGGGAGGCGAAGAUGCCCUUCCUCCCGAAGAGCAGGCAAGAGGAUGAGAACAUGAACCAGCCUAAAGACACCACCCCUCUCCUCCACAACGGCAACGGUUCAGAGACGUCCCUUCCGUCCCUUUUGAAGAGCCAGCAGACUCCGACAAACAAGAUGGGCGACUACGACCUGUCACUGGAAGCCCGGCUGGCCUUCAUCGAGAAGAGGUUCAACAACGGCGUGGGCGAGUCCUACACCAAGUGGGACCAGAUCAACAUGAACGUGUCCAAGCCGCCGACCGACAACAUGGUCCGGCAGGACGAGGUGGACAAAACCAAGAACGGCUCCGUCCACCAGGGCGCGGACGGCAACCGCGGUUUCAGCAACCACAACGCGGAGGAGCGUUUUCUGAACGGGAACCAGCCGAGCGAGACGGGGGCGGAGACGCCGGCCGCCCGCGUGGCCGUGGCGGCCGGCAGCGACGCGUCUCUGUCCCGCAGCACCGAGGAGCUGUCCCCGGAUCAAAGGUGCCACCCCCCGCCGGUGGUGAAGUGUCACAGCGUCGGCAACAUAGAGGCGGGAGGCAUGAAGGUGUACUCCUUCGACGGGGACGAGGACUCCUACAAAUCGGCGGCGGGGGCCGCGCCGGGCGCUCAGGGCCAGAGCAUCGUCCGGAGCAGGUCCGCCAGUCAGUUGCUCAACGACCAGACCCUCCAGAUCUACCCCGGCUCCUCUGCGUCGUCCUCAGACCUGCUCUCCUCCUCCAAGCCCCCCGCCAGCACCAGCAGGUACCCGGUGUCCUCCAGCAUGGCCAUGGGCGUCCCCCCCCCGCAGUACAACAUACAGUACGCCAGCAGCGGCGUGCCUAAGGAGGGCCUCUGGUCCCAGAGGACCCCCGUGCCCCCCGAGCACCAGGGUUACCCCCCUCCUCCACCGCACUCGCUAGCCAACACCAACUACUCCAACCGUAACCAGGCACCUCCGUACCCCCAGCAGAGGGGGCCGCCCGCUGGGGACAUGUGGACUAAGGAGAGGCUCCAUUCCGCUGGGGGCCCGUCCCGAAGCGGCACCCUGCAGAGGCAGAGCAGCACGGCCUCCACGGCCUCCGUCGCCUCCAUGAGCGACCCGAGGCGCGUCCAGCUGCCCGACGACUACAUGACGUACAGGGACAUUCACACCCUGGCCAGGGGCCCGCUGGCCAUGAGCCACGCCAUGCAGAGGCCGCUGUCGGCCCGCACGUACAGCAUCGACGCGCCCGCGUCCUGCCGGCCCCUCUGCUCCAGGGCGCAGCCCCACGAGCUCCCCGAGAGGACCAUGUCCGUCAGCGACUUCAACUACCAGCAGAGCAGCCCGAGCAAGAGGCCCAACGCCCGGGUGAAGUCGGAGCACUCUCUGCUGGACGGGCAGGUGCCGGGGGCAGGAAGGGUGCCGUCGGAUUGGAGGGACCAGGUGAUGCGGCACAUCGAGGCCAAGAAAAUGGAAAAGAGCGCGCUGUCUCGCUCCUAUAAUCCCGGUAGCGCCUCGUCUCACUACGGCAGCUGUAGGGACAUGCAUGCCAGCCAGGGGUCUCUGGUCUUUAGUGCCAGGGACGGAGCGCCCUACGGAGCCGGGGGCUUCUGUGACGACGUGUUUCCACAAGGGCAGCAGAGCUACACCAUGGAUCACAGAAAAGUGCCUUUGAUGAACGGUCAGAUGGGCCCCUCUGUUCGGCCUCAGGGGAGCCAGGGGACCAUGGCCCGCCACCCUUCCAGGGAGCAGCUCAUUGACUACCUGAUGCUCAAGGUCUCCCAUCAGCCACCGGGGCCCCCGCGCGUCCCCAUGGACUCGCUGCAGCAAGAGAUCCGUGUGAAAGUGGAGAAGAAUCCCGAGCUGGGCUUCAGUAUAUCGGGAGGAGUGGGCGGCCGGGGGAAUCCCUUCCGACCGGAUGACAAUGGUAUAUUUGUGACGAGGGUUCAGCCUGAGGGGCCGGCGUCCAUGAUUCUUCAGCCGGGAGAUAAGAUCCUACAGGCGAACGGAUACAGCUUUGUGAACAUCGAUCACCUGCACGCAGUGUCCCUCCUGAAGACGUUUCCAAACACUGUGGAUAUGAUCAUCGUGAGAGAAGCGCAAGCUUAGACUCCACUGGAAGCGGACGCACGCGAGCCGACCAGAGAAGAGGGACGUUGACUCUGAUAUUUUUAUACGCAGAGGAGGCUGACCUGGUGAAACAUGAUGGGACUAUUUAUAGUAGAGAUCUUUGUAGCCUUGAUUUAAACGGAGAAAACCACUGAACGUUGUGGAUUCAAGUGAGAAGGAGGCGAACCUCUGCAAGUCCUCAAAAGGCCAUCACUGUGGUAUAUAUAUUUUUAUACAAAAGAAGCUAAAAAUGAGACUUGCUCUGAUCACGUUUUUUUUUUUUUUCCUUAUAUCCUUUAUCAUAAAUAAGGUUUUUAUUUCCUCUGAUUGGCACAUGAUUUGACCACUUGAGGGCAGAACUCUUGUCUCCUCUGUCAUCCACUUUGCCUUUUUGUUUUCUUCUGAUCUGAUGUUGAAACCUUUUUUUUCCCGCUCUGCCGUGCGACCUCGUGUGGAGGACAAUGUUACGUGCUCGUUGUGUGAAGACGAAUGUUGAUCGAGGAGUUCCCCUCGAUGAGUUGCGAGGAGGAAAUCAUCCACCCCUGCUUCCGUAAACCUGUGGACACACUUACCCGUCUCCGGCUCCACCUGAACGCUGCCCGCACAUCACCUCACCGGCGCUCCACCCGAGCUGUGUGGAAACGACGCGGGAAGCGCAGCGUCGGCGUUUCAUCACACUGUAAGAUGAGGGGGGGGGGAGAAGAGGGGCGUGGCACGUGUCCGCUUAGCCUUGAUCUGUUUUUGCCAAGCAGGAGAUUUAGUUUAAAGCUAAAGUGUGGACAUUUUGCUGAACACGGCUCUUGUGAGUUGAGGAACGCGAGCAUCGAGGUGAAAGGUUUGAGGGUUCGGGGGUCGUGCUACGUAACCAAAGCAGGGUUGUACAUGUCGCAAGGAAGGCGAAAGAAGCAGGAGACGACUUCAGAGGGAACAGGUCCAUGUUUCAUCCAUGUUUUUAUUCAUCGGGGGGGGGGCGAGCGAUCGCGUCGGUUUCAACAUCCUGCAGUUUUUAUCUUUUACUUGGGAGAAGACCACCGUUUGCCUUUUUUUUGUGUCUGUGAAAGUGUUUUAUCAUGCUUUUUACUUUACUUUUUUUGUAUUCUUUGCUGCACGGAGAGCAGAGUCGGGAGAAACAAGUUGUCAAGUGCCAUAGACCUUGAACUGUUUGAACAGGGGGUGACCUUUGACCCCAGAACCCAAGCAAUAUCCACAACCUCCUGGGGACAGAAUCUAACGGCUUACAAGCAAUAUUUAAAGCCUUUUUAUUUUCAUUCAUAGAAACAUCACACCUUUUUUUCCUUUUGAGCACAAUCUUCUAAUGAUCGCCAAUGAUUGUGAAAAGAAUCAUUUUUAAAAUCGCACAGGAAAUCUAUACGGCAGUGCUUAAAAAACCCACUAAAACAAAGAUUUCUCUGCAUUGUCCAAAAGUGAACGUUUGUGUCACUUUGGCCAAAAGCUUUUUACCGCGUGUCGCCGCGUCCUGAUGUUCUUUUCUGCGAAAUAAUCUAAUUUCCGCCGUUGAAUCGGGUCACAACUGCAUCUCCGAACAUUCCUAACGCUUAUCAAAGAACUGUGACGGAAGCAAAGCGUUUUGUCUGUUAAUAUUCAUUCACUGGCUUUUUUCCUUGAGACGUGUUUCCAAAAAAAUAAGACAUGGAAAUGAUUCACAAAGUAACGGCCCCAUGAAGUCCAACGAGAGAUUUUUAACCCCGGAAUGGCUUCAUCAUUUAUCCUAGUGUUUCACUAAACGGCGUUCCCUCGACUUGAUUACAGCAGAUCGUGUCUUCUGCGGCUCCCAUAUGUAGUUGUGAUCGACCCGUAUUUUAUUCUUGUGGCACCGUCUAACCAAAAUAAAAAACACUGUGGUAAUUAACAAUGAAAAAUCCCUUUUUAAUAUAGUUGUAGUUUGAACGGAAUAUAAAAUUGGUACGUUUUAUUUACAGGCCAAUGACAUUAAUGUGCAUUUCCCAAAUUUCUCACAAAGUAAUAUUCUCCACGGAUGAAUUAAUAUUAUUUGCAUUGAUUUGUUGAUUUUCAAUGGACUUUCUGAGAUUAGGGGGAACGUUUCUGCAGCAAUGAUCACUUUACAUUCAUGGAGGAAACAUGCAGUCUGACAUCGUAGACAAUCUAGGGAGAUGAAACAUGUCACAUUUUCUCAUCCAUGUGAGUUGGUUUCCUGUAUUCUUAUUUAUUUAGCAGUCUUCUGUGGUUUUUAGACCUUACUAAUCAAAUUGUAAAUACUCCAACACAAAUUGAGAAAAUAAUUAACGGCAUUAGUGACUUGCGAUUGUAAAACCAGCAAUAAAUUGCAAUGCGGAGGCACUCGUUUUAAUGUAUAGUUAGUAUUUCUAAGGUUGCUCUGGAAACGGUCACAGCGAGACGAUGAUUGAUAUGCAUUUACCCAACAUUCCAGAUUUUGUACAUAAUUUCCUGUUUCUGAAGUAACCUGUGGAAAAUAAACUAAUGCUCUUUAGCAAAA